AUGGAUGAUGAUCGAAUCUUACAUUACCUGCCGCCAGGAUGGACGGAGGAGAUGUAUCAGAACCAGACUGAUGCCGCCCUUGAAGCCCUUUCAGAACAGGAACUACAAAACCUGAUGGACCGCCAGGCAGCCGAAGCCAAGCUCAUCAGUGCGGAAAACAUGGCCCGCAGAAAUGAGAGACGCAUCGAGCGCGGGGCUCCCCCAAUACAACUCCCGUCGCCAGCAGCCGAUCUCGAAAAUUUGAAAACGCUAGUCUCGCUGGUCGAGGAGGAAGACUGGCCUGAUUUCGGGUUUUUGGUGUUCCGCACGUAUUAUUCCGAUGAGCCACUCUGGGAGAAGUUCCUGGCCCAAUACGGCGAUAUCCUCGAUGAGGGGAUAGACGCCGCCCCGGCAGAAUCCGGGAUUGAGCGGAUUCGCGACCGGGCUUUUCUCAAGUUUGUAUCGGAUGAAGCAAUGGCAGGGGAGACGCCCGCAAGGGUGGCGUAUGCCUAUCGCCUGUCCGCGGAGGAGAUGGACGACGAUGCUGAGGAGGACAGACUUGAGCCUGGUCUCCACACACGGAUGUGCCUCAUGGUCGACGAGGAGUGUAUGCGUUCCGUUGUGGAUGAGAACCGAGCGGUUGACGUCACCGUGGGAGAGCAGCGAUUGUCGUACUCGGGGACGUUCAAGGUGGCUAUCGCUUCGCUGAUCACCAAGUUCUACCCCGCGCUGCUUGACUGUGAGGACACCACCUCGGAUCUUGCGCCCCCAACGGAGGAUGCAAUUUGGGGGGCGUGA